GAAGUUACCCAUUCGCGAAGUAAUCAGAAUAAAGGUAAAUAUUAUGGCAACAUUCGUCUAUGGCAGAGAAGUUAAUUUGUCUAUGGUAUACCGGAAGGAUACAGUUGUAAAAGUACAUUCAUUUUCAUCUAGUUACUCAAAAUGGUUGCUGCGGCUCGAAAUGGCGAGGCACCGAGCACGUGGAUUAAACCCGUUCCAGUGUUCGUGUGGAUGGUGAAGUCAAAGCUAAGUACCUAGGCUAUUUCAUAUUUAGACCAUUUUCUAUGUGUUAGAUAUUCCCGGUUAACCUAUAGAAAUAAAUGUCCCACGUGUAAUGGUUGCGCACCCAUUGUUAGUUUGUUAGUGGACAUAUGUGUGUACCUCUCUUCACAAGCCAUUGGGACUGAGUUAAAGUAAAUUAUGAAAGAGGUCAAACCGUCGAUCGGCAAAGACGAAAGGCUAGGCGAGGUAUGCGGAGGGUUGCUCUCUCCCAGUAGCGAGAGGGCGAUCGGGCACUCCAUGCACCCAGGACCCGGAAGCCUAGAGUAUCGGCAAAGACGACAGGCUAGGCGAGGCAUGCGGAGGGUUGCUCUCUCCCAGUAGCGAGAGGGCGAUCGGGCACUCCAUGCACCCAGGACCCGGAAGCCUAGAGUAUCGGCAAAGACGACAGGCUAGGCGAGGCAUGCGGAGGGUUGCUCUCUCCCAGUAGCGAGAGGGCGAUCAGGCACUCCAUGCACCCAGGACCCGGAAGCCUAGAGUAUACAGCACGCGCUAUGAGAAGGACGGUACAGGCAAGGUGGACAGAGGGGGUUGGACUCGUUCAGUAGCGCGAGGUCUGCCGGGCAUUCGGUCAACCGGCUGUGGUUCCGAGGAACCAUGGCCAGCCGAAGUAACCUUUAGACCAGUGAAUAGAAUAUAUAUUGGAGGGUCCCAAUCGCUGGGUGGAAGAGAGAUGCACACAUUCCUAACCUAUAGAUACCAAGAUAGAGAAUUGCCCCAUGGUCUAGGUCUUAGAGAUUUCACCUACGGUGAAAUCAUAGUUUGUGUAACCCUACAGGUCACUGAGAGACGAGCUGGAACAGUCUGAACGAUGCAAGGAAUAGAAAGGACGUACGGGGGUCGACAGUGAACGACCGACCUACAAGGAAACAGAUAAAGGUGAGCGUGACUCCCAUAAUAUGUACGAAUUCGGUAACCCCUCUCACUUCUGACGAAUAGUAUGGUUCAUAUAAAGAGAAAUAAAAGGCGAAGCAGAUGAAGUGGAAGUUAGGGGGGUUCCCGACAUGGUGGAGAAGUGCUGGGAUCUGGCUGAGAAACCAGAGUUUUCAGUGUAUGGAGUCACACUCAGCCUAAGCGAUAGUAAAGUAGUUAAUAGUAUAUCAAGUCCUUUCUACUCUUUCAUUUAGUAAGUGAAAUGAAAAUUUAAGUGUGCAGUAAUGUCGCUGUUGAGCGAUGAUUAUGAUUGUUUAUUAUAAGUACAAUUCGGUAUAAAUAUUAUAUUGGUGUUAAAAUGUAAGAACUUGACCUUCCAACUAAUAGGUGGCAGUAUAGGUCAUUCUGAGCGCCAACGAAAGUCGUGUGGGAGCAGAGCCAACUUAAAAUUCAAAAAAGGAGAAAGAAAUUAGUCCAGUUGGAAAUCGAAUUACCCAAAGUGAUUAAUUGCAAAAGAAGUUCAAUCAUUAUCAUUUAACUUUGAUGACAGUAAGCAAGUGAAUAUUCAUUAUGGAUGAACUAUUAUUAACAAGACUGAAACUUCUCGCCACUCAAAUAGAAACUCUCUCGAAUCAAGCUCUUAGUCUCGGCUCUCUGCACAAUGACUUAAUCUACAAUGCAGAAGUAAUCAAGACUAAAUUGCAAAACCUCUCGACGAGAUUAAACGAUGAUUUACAUAAUUACUUCAGAAUGAAUAAAACGGAGAUUUCAGCGACAAAUGGGGAACCUCGAAGUUUUCGUAAGAGACGGUUUUCACAACGGGAAGAACGUAAAGAACAGAGAGAAGAUACAACAUCAAAAGGAAGUAAUACGACAGAGGGUGAAGUUGUCUCGAAGAGGAUGAAAGUACCAUGCGUGUUUUGCAAAGGCGAUCACUACAACGACCUUUGUGAUAAAUAUAAAACAGCCAAGGAACGAAAGUCACGGUUAAGAGACAGAUGUUACGGUUGUCUCUUGAGAAAUCAUCGGAUCGCGCAGUGCUAUAACAAUAAAAAUUCUUGUUAUUAUUGUAAAAAACGUGGUCUACAUCACAGAGCAUUGUGUCCUCAGAAAUUUCCAUCUAAAACCGAAACUACCACUCUAACAGAGGUUGACAGAAGAUGACAUACGGUUCUUCAAACAGCAGUAGUGAUGGCACGAGGAGAUAGGAACAAAGAUAAACAGACACGAUGUCGUAUACUAUUCGAUUCAGGCUCUCAGAGAUCUUACAUUACCCAAAAAAUUGCGAAAAAAUUAAAUUUAUCAAUAGAGAAGGAUGAAAAUUUGUCUGUCUAUACCUUUGGUUCAAGAAGUCCUCGAGAAUUUAAUAGUCCAGUAGUUCAACUAGAGUUAGAGACUAGAUCUAAAAAAGGAAAGAUCAUUUAUGCAAACAUUGUGCCUAUGAUUUCUCAAAGCGUACCCUAUGCUGAAGAACUUAACAAUUGGAGAUACAAGGUAGAACUUGCAGAUGACGGAUCGUUAACAGAUCAAGUUGAUAUUCUUAUUGGAAAUGAUUAUUAUUAUUCGUUUCUUCAUUCAGAGAAAAUACGAAUAAGUGAAGACUUAUACCUAGUAGAUUCUGAGUUCGGAUGGAUACUAUCAGGUCAGGGUCCACGUAGAGAUAUAGAAGAACAACACAUGUCAGUUAUCACAUAUUUUCAAACAGAGAUAGAUUUUAAAUUUAACAAACCUGACAUGCCUUUAGAUCAAGGAAGUAUAGCAUUCUUGUGGGAACUCGAGUCAAUUGGCAUAACCGAUUCACCUAAAAUUACACGAGAGGAAGAGGCUAUUCAUAAAUUCAACGAGACUACUAAAUUAAUUAACAAUAGAUAUCAUGUUAGUUGGCCGUGGAACGAAUACCCACCGUCACUAACACCUAACUAUGGAUUAGCAUAUGGUCGUUUAGUAAAUUUAGUCAAGCGGUUAGAUAAGGAAACCCUAAAGUCCUAUAAUGAUGCUAUACAGGAACAAAUAUCGAAAGGAAUAGUCGAAGAAGUAUUAGACAAGACCCGUGUAGAACAUCCAGUACAUUAUCUACCACAUCAUUGCGGUGCUCAGAAGAAUAAACCUAUUAGGAUUGUCUAUGAUGCCUCAUCGAAAAUUAAAGGCAAUAAAAGUUUGAACGAAUGUCUGUAUUGCGGUCCAUUGAUGUUAGAAGAUUUAACAUGUAUACUUAUUAGAUUUCGAAGUCAUAAUAUUGCUUUAUCAGCAGAUGUCGAGAAGGCUUUCCUUCAAAUAGGAUUACAUGGAAAGGAUCGCGACGUAACGAGAUUUAUUUGGUUGAAAGAUGUCGAAAAACCACCACAUGUAGAUAACAUUAUCUGUCUAAGGUUUUGUAGAGUUCCUUUCGGAAUUAUAUCUAGUCCGUUCUUAUUAAAUGCGACAAUUAAACAUCAUCUUUCUAAAGGAAAUGAACAGCUACAACUAAUUGCUAAAGAUAUUUAUGUUGAUAAUUUAGUAACUGGGGUUCAAACACUUGACGAGGCUAUCCAAAUAUAUCAAGACACAAAGGAUACGUUUGGACAAAUUUCAAUGAACCUUAGAGAUUGGAGUUCAAAUUCGAAACAAUUUAUGAAUAGAAUACCCGAUGGUGUUGAAGAAAAGGUUGUAAAGAUUUUAGGCCUAGAUUGGAAUUUAAAACAUGAUACGUUACAUGUAAAGUUCACGUUAACCACCGAAGCAUAUUCUAAACGGGAAGUAUUGAAGGUAAUCGCUUCGAUAUACGAUCCUUGUGGAUUCGGAGUACCACAUGUUUUAUCAGCUAAGCUAUUUCUACAAGAACUUUGGAAGACUAAAGUUAAAUGGGAUACGAAGUUUUCAAAAGAAAUGCAAGAUAAAUGGUCAGAAAUCCGAAAAGAAUUAGAGACUAUUAGAGGAAUAUCGAUACCUAGAUGCUAUAUAAAAAAUGUAAAAAGCGAAGAAUAUCAUUUGCAUUGUUUCACAGACGCUUCACUCAAAGCGUAUGCUGCAGUAGUAUACAUAACACAUGGUGCUAAGACAAGUUUUGUCAUAGGAAAAACACGAUUAGUCCCUAUAAAGGAUCAACAACAUUUAAAAAUUCCUCGGCUAGAAUUGCUAGGAGCUUUAAUUGGUUGCAGACUAAUUAAGAUGGUUUUAAAAGCAUUUAACAUGAAAUUAGGAUAUCAAACAUUAUGGACUGAUAGUCAAAUUGUCAUAGAAUGGUGCCAAUCGGAUAAAUUGCUUCCACCAUUCGUAUCUAGACGAGUUGAGGAAAUAAGGAGUAAUAAAGAGCUCAUGAUUAAGUAUGUUCCUUCAGAGUUGAAUUCGGCAGAUAUUGCAACCAGACCGAUGAGUUCCAACGAAGAUAAGGAAAGAUGGCUUACAGGUCCACAGUUUUUAUCAGAAUCCGACAAACAGAAAACGCCUGUGAAAUACAUGUCACAGUCAUUUUUUCUUUCGACGCGGGAGGGUCUGCCGAAUACCUCUAAAGAAAAGGAUAGUAAUCUAGAGCUACAAAACAACUUCUCAGGAGAAAGUAUUAGAGCCAAAGAAGAUAGCAGAACUAGUUACAAAGAAUCGCUUUGUAUUACGGAAACAAUAAAGAAGCUACAAGCAGAAUACUUCACUCAGGAAGUUGCGGGGAAAGAAACUGAUUUAAGUCGUAAUCUCAAGUUAUUUAAGGAUGUUGAUGGAUUACUACGGUGUAAAGGACGUCUUCAGAAUGCAGAACUAUCGUUUGACAAACGGUACCCUAUAUUGAUACCUAAGGAAUGUGACUUUACGAAUAACCUUAUAAAGAAAGUUCACAAUGAUAAUUAUCAUGUAGGGGCGAAUCAUACACUUAGUCUCAUCAGACAGUCAUAUUGGAUAUCAAAGGGUAAAUCUCAGAUUCAGAGGAUAUUGAAGAAAUGUCCAAGGUGUAUUAAACAUGGAGCGGGUCCAUUUAAGUUACCACCUACUCCAGCGCUUCCUGUAGAAAGAGGAUAG